UACUCUAGCUGUGGGAUGUGUGAUGGUUAAAUAUCAGACGAGAACUCUCCCAAUAUUUAUUGUAGUAGAUAAAGAGAUUUUACGUAAGAUAGAAGGAUAUUACUUGUCUGGGCUAUUCGAUAUUCGGGUAGAAGCGCAGACGUCUGGCAAAAGAAUGGAUUCGUCUUUAAAAUGUGUAUUCCUUAUUUCGUUAGUUUAUUGUGUCGUUAAAGUUAAUAGCCUUACACUAACCCAAUCUUUCGAGAACCAAUUCAUCCUUUUCAUUGAUGACCAACCUCUAAUUGAACACAAUGGCGUUGAACCUGCUAUUGCCGUUGGAAGUAGCGAUACCAAUUUUACCGAAGAUCAAGGGAAUUUCAUCAUUAAUGAAGAUAUUUUCGAGAAAAUAGAACUAUCAACGUGCGACACUGACCAAAGUGGAAUGCCAACUCUCUUCAAAGCUCGAUGUUACAACGCAGAAUAUUUUCCAGAAAUUGCGGUGGAUGUUGUGGUUGAAGAAAAGGACUCGACUUUGUUCCGGAAGUUCGCUGUGAUUAAUGUCACACAUUCUGGCCGGGAUCGACUUUGGUUCCGAUUAGCUUCAAACUCCACAGAGAAAAUUUAUGGCGCUGGGGAACAGUUUACCUACUUAAACUUGAAAGGCCGUGAAUUUCCUAUGUGGAUUCGUGAACAGGGUGUUGGAAGAAACCUAUCCAGUCCUCUUACACAGAUAGUCGAAUCAGGAUCACCAGGGGCAGGAGGUGAUUACCAUACUACAUACUACCCGGCUCCAAUCUUCUUGUCCACAUGGAACUAUGUUAUUUCCGGCAAACAAAAGAGGUACUCCAUCUUGAAUUUUACCUCUCCUACGAGAAAAGAAAUUUAUGUUCAUGAUAACCAACUGACACUGAAUGUUGGAACAGCUGCUAACUUGAUGGAACUAGUUAAUGGAAUAAACCUCGAAGUGUCGCGAAUUUCUCCCACUCUUCCAGAUUGGAUUUACAAUGGGGCGAUUAUUGCCGUCCAAGGUGGAACUCAGAACAUGCUCGACAAGCUUCAGCAGUGCCUAGACAAUGGUGUUAAGGUCAGUGCCAUUUGGAUUCAAGAUUGGGCGGGUAAAAUAGUAACGUCUUUCGGCUACCGAGUCUUUUGGAACUGGCGUUGGAACGAAGAGCUUUACCCAGGACUGGAUUCCGUCAUAUCUAACUUGGCAGAGCAAGGGAUUCAAGUUGCGGCUUACAUCAAUCCCCAUUUAAAUGUUGAAGGGGAUUUGUUUCUAGAAGCAGAUACUCUUGGUUAUUUGCUCAAAAAUGAUCAAGGGGAAACUUAUAGACAGGAUUUUGGCGGAUUUCUUGCUGGCACAAUUGAUUUCUCGAACCCUCUGGCCAAACAGUGGUACGCUGAUCUCAUUCAAAAAAAUAUUAUUGAGUUUGGUUUCAAAGGAUUCAUGGCAGAUUUUGGAGAAUAUACGCCAAUCGACGCUGUUGCAGUCAGCGAACCUUCAGAUCCGUAUGAAUUUCAUAAUCUUUUGCCUGUUCUAUGGGCCAGCACAGUUCGACUCGCUUUAGAACAAAGUGGCACAUUGAAUUCAGUUCUACCGUGGGCAAGAUCGGGAUUUACAGGCGCCCAAUACUUUCAUUCAAUGAUGUGGGCAGGUGAUCAAAACGUGGACUGGUCAAAGUCUGAUGGAUUACCCUCUAGUAUUGUUGCAGCUCUUUCGUUGGGUCUGUCCGGCUUUGGUCUAAGUCACAGCGAUAUAGGAGGAUAUACAACUCUAAAUGGAAUAUUGACUCGUAGUGAAGAACUGUUGUUGCGCUGGGCUGAAUACAGCGUUUUCACACCAUUAAUGAGAACUCACGAAGGGAACAAACCGGAACUAAAUCACCAAGUCUAUUCAACCAACGAAACUCUAAAGAGCUUCGCUCGUUUAUCAUCGAUAUACACAUCGCUCACUCCCUAUCACCAAGAAGUAGUUUCUCAAGUAUCAACACUUGGUACUCCAGCAAUGUCUCCUCUGUUUCUUCAUUUUCCUGAGGAUUUAGAAACUUUCGAAAUUCAAUACGAAUUCAUGUACGGCUUCGAUUUAUUGGUAUCGCCUGUCUUGGAACCGUCCAAGACUAACCAGGAAGUUUAUUUACCAUCCAGUCGUUGGAUACACUUUUGGGAUGAUGAUCAGCAGGUUGUUGAAGGCCCUACUUCAAUCACGAUUAACGCCACUUUAGGUAAAACGCCAGUCUUUUUCCGUGCCGAUAGCAAGUGGGCUCCUCUAUUCAGUGAUAUCCGCAACCGCUUCAACUAUUAGUAUCUGGUUUAUGAUGCUAUAUGUCUUUGAUAAAAUCAUACUGCAAAACUCCAUACAAUUGUUUUGGAAAAAUUCUGAAUGGGUUCAUUAGUUUUUGUAAUUUCAAAGCGAUUGGCGGGAUCUAUUAAACACCACCUAGUGAUGACAAGACGUAUUAUUUUCGUUUUUGGUUGCCCAUAGCAACGAAAUAACUCAAGUAGAUGUGA